AUAGUUAGUUUCCCUUCAAAACGAUGAACACAUUCACGAUUGUAGCUUCUGUGGUGCUGUGCACCUUAGCUCUCUCCGCCGAUGCCCUGCAAAUCGAACCGAGAAGCAGCUGGGGAGCAGUGGCGGCACGAUCGCCUUCCAGAAUUUCCGGACCGGUGGACUAUGUGAUCAUUCACCACUCGGACAACCCGAAUGGAUGCUCCACCAGCGACCAGUGCAAGCGCAUGAUCAAGGCCAUUCAGACGGAUCACAAGGUUCGUCGGAACUUCAGCGAUAUUGGCUACAACUUCAUAGUGGCCGGAGAUGGAAAGGUGUACGAGGGCCGGGGCUUUGGACUGCAGGGAUCUCAUGCCCCCAACUACAACCGGAAGAGCAUCGGCAUUGUCUUCAUCGGCAACUUCCAGAGCAGCCCACCCUCGGCCCAGAUGCUGCAGAACGCCAAGGACCUGAUCGCAUUGGCACAGCAGCGGGGUCACCUGAAGGAUAACUACACCCUGCUGGGUCACAGGCAAACCAAGGCCACCGCAUGCCCAGGAGAUGCGCUCUUUAAUGAAAUCAAGACGUGGCCCCACUGGAGGCAGCUUUAAAGCUAGAAAGUUUUUUAAUUUUAAAUUUUAAAUAUAUUUUUUUAAGAAAA